AAUCUACAAUUUUGUGAUUCUGAAACCGGAAACUUGAAAAAACGCUCCUCCCCUCUCUCAAAGAGUCAAACAGCGUUAAUUCAUUUCAUACUUCACGCACAGUAGUGUUUUCAUUCAUUCCAAUUCCAUUUGCCUAUUCUGUUCCAAGUUCCAAAACAAAACAUCGAAUAAAAACAACCACAGUCAAAAAACGCAUUCCAAUUUCAAAACCCAAACCCCUCUUUACACUUUACAAGUGUCCAAUCCACAUAGCCAAAUGUGCAAAGUCUCCCAAUUCGAAACCCUAAAAUGCCGAAGCUCCUCGUAACGAAGCUCGCGCGAAACCCUAGAAAUGGCGAAGCAGCUGCAGCACUCGCACUCCAACGGUUCUGGUUGGGCGUCGUUGCACUUUCACAAGCGAUGGCUCUUGCCUCUCCUUCUUAUGCUCUCCAUCUCCACCUUGAUCGCCUUCUUCAUCAGAUCCGCCUUCGACUCCUCCUGCGAUCGGAGCCACCUCUCUGUAUUGGAGAAGCCGGGUAACAUUAAAUCGGCCUCGCCGAUCGGGAACACGCCGAGUCCACUCGCUUUCAUGAAGUCCAAACUCGUCCUCCUUGUCUCGCACGAGCUCUCUCUUUCUGGUGGACCAUUGUUGUUGAUGGAGCUGGCAUUUUUGUUAAGAAGUGUUGGUACCGAAGUUUGUUGGAUUACAAUCCAAAAGACAUCAGAAGCAGAUGGGGUGAUAUAUAGUUUGGAGCAUAAGAUGUUGAACCGAGGAGUGCAGGUCUUCUCUGCCAAGGGUCAGGAAGCUAUAGACACCGCUCUUAAAGCUGAUUUGGUUGUUUUGAACACAGCGGUUGCUGGAAAAUGGCUAGAUACUGUUCUCAAGGAAAAUGUUCCUCGUGUUCUCCCGAAGGUGUUGUGGUGGAUCCAUGAAAUGCGAGGUCAUUAUUUCAAAUUGGACUAUGUUAAGCACCUUCCUUUGGUUGCUGGUGCUAUGAUUGAUUCACAUGUAACAGCAGAAUACUGGAAGAAUAGGACCCAAGAGCGCUUGAGGAUUAAAAUGCCUGAGACCUAUGUUGUUCACCUUGGAAAUAGCAAGGAACUUAUGGAAGUUGCUGAAGAUAGUGUAGCUAAAAGGGUUUUGCGUGAACAUGUCAGGGAGUCUCUUGGAGUGCGAAAUGAAGAUUUACUAUUUGCCAUCAUAAACAGUGUAUCACGUGGAAAAGGCCAGGAUCUGUUUCUGCGUUCAUUCUAUGAAAGCUUGCAAUUGAUCCAAGAAAAGAAGUUGCAGGUGCCAACAAUGCAUGCAGUAAUUGUUGGAAGUGACAUGACUGCUCAGACUAAGUUUGAAUCAGAAUUACGUAAUUUUGUAGUGCUGAAGAAAAUUCAAGAUCGAGUUCACUUUGUAAAUAAAACUCUAACAGUAGCCCCUUAUCUAGCUGCGAUUGAUGUUCUUGUGCAGAAUUCCCAGGCACGUGGAGAGUGCUUUGGUAGGAUAACCAUCGAAGCUAUGGCAUUUCAGCUGCCUGUUCUGGGAACAGCGGCAGGUGGCACCACAGAGAUUGUAGUGAAUGGGACAACAGGUUUGUUGCAUCCUAUUGGGAAAGAAGGGAUUACUCCGCUUGCCAAAAAUAUUGUCAAACUCGCUACUCAUGUUGAGAGGAGGCUCACGAUGGGGAAGAGAGGCUACAAGAGGGUCAAAGAAAUGUUUUUAGAGCACCACAUGGCUCAUCGAAUUGCUGCAGUUCUGAAGGAAGUGUUGCAUAAGUCAAAGACCAGCUCACAUUCUUGAUGCUUUGGAAGGCCCCUUAACUGUCAAGUAGAACCCUACGUGUUAAGCUAAAUUGAGAGAUCAAUAUUCUUGUGGUAAUGGCCAAAACCUACCCCAGGUUGCCCUCUAUACUCCGAAUUUUGAAAGGGCUGUAGAUUGUGUAUAGAUAAGAAAUUGAGCUAGUGGCCUGUUCAUAUAGUUUUUGUAUAGCAUGGGAAAUUUUUAUUCUUAUAGUUUGUCAUCUCAUGGCAAUAGGUCAAUGAUUUGAAACUGAUUUCAAAAUUACAAAAUGCUUCUCCUUAUUAUUUUCUAAUUGCUAUGGUGUGCUUGAUUAAUGCAUCA